UAAAUUAAAUUAGCAUACUAACUAGUUAGCUGUGCGCCGCUGUGGAUGGACGGGUGAACGGAGCUGCCUGACGAAAUCUACCGUUUCUAAAGUCGAGACACCUCCGAGUCCGGGCUCAUUUUGUUGGGAUCUUCUUGCCGUCUGCCUGCCGAGGAGAUGGGGGACAAGGCGGGCACCAGAGUUUUCAAGAAGUCGAGCCCCAACUGUAAGGUGACAGUUUACCUGGGAAAGAGGGACUUUGUGGAUCACCUGGACCACGUGGAUCCAGUAGACGGCGUGAUCCUGGUCGACCCCGAGUACCUGAAGGACAGGAAAGUCUUCGUCACACUCACCUGUGCGUUUCGAUAUGGACGUGAGGACCUGGACGUGCUGGGUCUGUCCUUCAGGAAGGAUCUCUACAUCUCCACCUUCCAGGCCUUCCCUCCGGUGCCUGAGGAGCGGAAACCAAACAGCCGGCUGCAGGAGAGGCUGCUGAAGAAGCUCGGCCAGCACGCACACCCCUUCUACUUCACUAUUCCUCAGAACCUCCCCUGUUCUGUCACUUUACAGCCCGGCCCAGAGGACACCGGGAAGGCCUGCGGGGUCGACUUCGAGAUCAGAGCUUUCUGCGCCAAGUCGAUAGAAGAGAAGAUUCACAAGAGGAACUCGGUGCGUCUGGUGAUCAGGAAGGUUCAGUACGCUCCGGAGAAACCGGGACCUCAGCCCAUGGUGGAGACGACCCGCAGCUUCCUGAUGUCGGACAGAUCCCUGCACCUGGAGGCCUCUCUGGACAAGGAGCUGUAUUACCAUGGAGAGCCCAUCAGCGUCAACGUUCACGUCACCAACAACUCCACCAAGACCGUCAAGAGAGUCAAGAUUUCCGUGCGUCAGUAUGCAGACAUCUGUCUCUUCAGUACUGCCCAGUAUAAAUGUCCAGUGGCCCAGCUCGAAGCAGACGACCAGGUGUCGUCCAGCUCCACCUUCUGUAAGGUGUACACUCUGACCCCGACGCUCGACAAGAACAGGGAGAAGAGAGGACUCGCUCUGGACGGCAAACUCAAACAUGAAGACACCAACCUGGCCUCCUCCACCAUUGUGAAGGACGUCACCAACAAAGAGGUUCUGGGAAUCCUGGUCUCCUACAGAGUCAAAGUGAAGCUGGUGGUCUCACGUGGAGGAGACGUGUCGGUGGAGCUGCCCUUCAUCUUAAUGCAUCCUAAACCUGUGGAGCCGCCGGUGUCCCGCCCACAGUCAGCUGUUCCAGAGAUGGACCCCCCCAUCGACACCAACUUGAUAGAGUUCGACACAAACAGCAUCUCCCAGGACGACGACUUCGUCUUCGAGGACUUCGCCCGCCUGCGACUCAAAGGCGUCGUGGACGACAAGGACGAGGACUGCUAGGAGCUCGCCAACCCUUCAUAUGCUUGCUUCAAAACCACCACACACACACACACACACACACACAC